AUGGCGUUAGUUAAUUACGACCGUUCCGACGAGUCUUCAGACUCUGAAGAAGAACAUGAACCCAAAGUGUCCAAUCUUUCGCAAAAGCCUGUACCACCAAACUCGUCAGCACAGUUUACAGAUGCCGUCGAGGCUGAGUAUAAAAUGCGAAUCCCAAAAAAUGCAAAGCCUCUGCUAAAACCCUUGAAUAUUGAAAAGCGAACUUCGAAAUCUGGAAAAGUUCUAAUAACUAUUCAAUCACUAGAAGAGCUAGAUUCAUCGGAUGACAGCGACGAUGAAACUCAGCUGAAACACCAAAAAGCCCGGGAGGAUGAAGAUGAGUUUGUUGUAGAGGAGGAUGGUGACACUGAACAGGGAAAUGGAGAGUCAAAAUACUUCUCCUUUUAUGAUGCCAAAGAAGAAGCGAAACGGUUGGAAGUUCUUGCUCAAUCCACUGUGAUGGCACCAUCUACAGUCCCAACCUCCUCCACAACUGCUCCUCCUAAUGCCAAUGUUCCUAGUUCUGCACCUCCAGGUCUUCCAGUUCUUCCAGAAAAACCAUUUUCCGAUGAGGAUCUCCCCGAACCUGGACAAAAACCAGCAGAGCAUUCGGCAAAGGAGUCGAAUCAAUACGAGAAUGCGGAGGAACCAGAGCCCGUCUGGACAGAAGCCUCCUUUAUUCCCGCCCCAGAGCGCAAGCGGGCCCGCCUCGGUGGAUGUGGGCAACUUCAAAUUGGAGCUGGUUCAUCUGCCGUCAUGGAUGUUAUUGCCUCAGCCAACUCAGAGAUUCGCUCUGUUAGCCAAGAUGAACUGACUGAUGGGGCUGAAUUGGAGUUGCUUAAGUCGAUUACCUCUGACAACCGACCGAAGAAGGUGGAGGCUGAAGCACCAAACAAGUUGGCUUUCAGAAAACACCAGAUCACUUGGUUGGCAUACAAGGCCCAAGAGCAGGAGUAUGAGUUGCAGGAGCAGUGGUCUGAAGCGAGACGAAACCAGUUCAGAAGCCGAUCCAAAUACGGAUUUUAA